AUGUCAUUUGAAUAUCAAGUCAUUUUACUUGCAACAAAGCUGGCCAAUGCCAAGCUCGAACCAAUCGAUGAGGACUUGCCUCAUUCGAUGCUCCCAGUUUGCAACAGACCACUCAUUUCAUAUCAAUUAGAGUUAUUAGAAAAGGCUGGAUUUCAUUCUGUAUUGGUUGUUAUCAAUGAAUUUGAUCAAUCAAAGAUUAGACCAUUCGUAUUAGAGAUUUACAAAGGAAAGAUUGAAGUUGAAUUCUUUGUAUUAAAGGAUCAAAUUGGAACUGGUGAAAUAUUAUAUAGAAUCAGAGAUAAGAUUAAAACACCAAACUUUAUCGUUAUGAAUGGUAACUUGAUUGCCGAUGAAGGAUUUGUUAGAAAGAUGGCAGACUCACAUAGAAGCAACGAUGCAUCAUUCACAGUGCUAUUGAAUCCACCACCCGCAGCUCCAACUCAACCAACCAAAUCAGAAUCUAUCGAUACUUCAUUUGUCGAUUACAUUGCACUCGAUGAAAACGCACAACGUAUUUUGUUUAUGGAAAGAGCAACUGAAAUUGAAGAUGAUAUUCCAAUCUCUAAAUCAUUAUUGAAACAUUUCCCAAAUUUAGUAUUUAAUAAUAAUUUACAAGAUGCACAAUUCUAUAUCUUUUCAAGAUGGGUGAUUGAUUUGAUUGCAGAAGAUCAAAAGAGCAAAAAUAUACAGUUUGUCAGCAUCAAGAAUCACUUGAUACCCUAUUUAUUGUCAUGUCAAGUUCCAGGACACGGCAACCAUUUGCCAGCCACUGCACUCAACUAUUUACACGAUCUUGGUUUGUCCAUGUCUUCGUCGGCCAGUCCCUUCAACCCAUCCUAUCACAUCAACCAAAGCACAACGGGCACGAUCAAGUGUUUGGCCUAUUUGAUGCCACGCGACGGUUACUGUGCCAACAUUAACAACUUGCAGUCAUACAGAGCAGUCAACAAUGAUAUUGCUCGUGGUGCUUCCAGCUCUAUCAAGCCACACGAACCAAGAGGCAAGAACAACUAUGUCGAUCCAACCGUACAGGUUGCUCCUACCUCGGUCGGUGCCGACUGUGUCAUUGGUAUGGCUACUGUCCUCGGUGCCAAGUCUAGCGUCAAGAAAUCAAUCAUUGGUAAACACUGUAAAUUUGGUCUCUCUGUUAGAAUUGAAAAUGCAAUCAUUAUGGAUCAUGUUACUGUUGAAGAUGGAUGUAGUAUUAAUGGAUCAAUCAUUGGUAACAAUGUUUAUAUAAAGACCAAACUAGCUGUAAAGGAUAGUCAAGUAGCAUCGGGAUAUACUGUCAAAAAAGAAUUAAAGAGUAAAGCCGUUGGAAAUGAAUUGGAAUAA